CAUUCUCUUUCCAUCUCGUCGUCUAUAGACCUAGUGCUCCCAGGAACUCCUAAAUAAUCAUCGCUGUUCGCUGUGGCAGUUUACACGCCAGCAUAUUUUGUUGCCUCAACUCGAAACGCCCAUCGAUCGACGUUCCCCCGUCUGUCUCCACCCCUCCUCUCCUUGCUUUAGCCCCGCCAUCGUCAUCUCUAUCUUCUCUAUUUACUUAUUUGUUCAUCCACACACCACACUCCACUUAUCUGCUUCCUCUCUCUCUCUCUCAUAUACACACGCCGCCCCCCAACACCAUGUCCGACCACCAAUACAAGUUCAACGUCAGCAUGAGCUGCGGCGGUUGCUCCGGUGCCGUGGAACGAGUCCUGAAGAAGCUCGAGGGUGUCAAGUCCUUCGAUGUCAACCUGGAAUCCCAGACCGCAAACGUUGUCACCGAACCUUCUGUGCCCUACGAUACCGUGCUGGCUACGAUCAAGAAGACUGGAAAGACGGUCAACAGUGGAGAGGCUGAUGGCCAGACUAUGAGUGUCUAAAGAAAGAAAAGAAAAGGGAAAACGAAAAAAGAAAUAGCACAAUCAGAAGAAUCAUAUGGAUCCCGGGGUUGGCCUUGGGGAGGUGACGAAGCUUUCGUCCGAAGGGGGUCAGUGUUAUGCAUGCAUAUAUUGAAAUAAUAGGAAGAGGGGCUACUGCUUUGGGUAGUGUUGCGAGAUACCCUGAUACCCCUGACCUACUGCUGCUGUCUGCAUGGUUGUAUAUAGCGCAAUUAUUUGAC